AUGGCUCUGAAAGAUGUGCAGCCAGACCAGUCCCACGCCGCAGGAGACUACAACAAGAGAGUGUAUCAAGGCGUGAGAGUGAAACACACUGUCAAAGACCUACUGGCAGAAAAGCGAUCCAGGCAGACAAAUAACUCAAGAUUUAAUGGCAGCGCCACUUCCUCUCCGUCUCCAUUUGUCCAGGUUCCAGGUUCACCAGUAAUGUCAGGUUACUAUGGUAUCAGAAGAUCUUUCCUAUCUGAUUCAGAUUUCCACAACACCAAACAGUUUGCAAAUGAAGUCUGCACCUCUAGUGUAGCAAAGCCCGUUCCCUGUGAGAAUUCCGCAGGGCCGAGUCACCCGGCCCUCCUGGACUCCUACUUCCCGGAGCGCUAUGGAGACCACCGCACCCCAGCCCUGACCCCCGGCACCGGCUCUCUGUUCAGCGCCUCGCCUCUGCCGCCGCUCCUGCCGCCACCCUUCCCCAGCGACCCCACACACUUCGUGCUUAGGGACUCUUGGGAGCAGACAGUGUCUGAUGGUCUCAGCCAGCUGGACCCUGUGCCCACUGAUGCCCUGCAGACCUUGCCGCCUAGCACCAGUUGCCUCUCCCAGCUGGAGACAGGGAGCACUGCCCAGCACAGGAGUUCAAGCUGGGGGGGUCCCAUAGCUGGGGCCCAGACGUACUCGCUGCAUGCACUGGAGGAUCUGUACCACAUGCCUGGGUACCCCACUGCACCCCCCUAUCCCUUCCCCCCUUUCAUGACUGUGUCCAAUGACCUCUCCCCAGAAGAAGGGACAGACACCCCUGCCCUUCAGGACCCUUCUGCAUGGACCAAAGAAGACGGGGGCAUGACGUGGGGGUCAUAUGAAUGCCGUAGAGCUUACUGAGGGGUGUACCAAAAACUUCUACAUGCUUUUCUUUAAGCUGGGUUCUGUAUUGCAGAUUGUCUGUGGUAUGGCAGCUCCUUCAGAACUGGAUUUUCAGGAUAAGCCAUCAUAUCACCUUUGGUUAGUGGAUGCUGGCAAUUAUUUUAAUCCUCCCCACCAUAAUCCCACUGAAAUCAACACAAUGUUAAUUCAGCACAUCAGGGACCAUAUUCUGGUGAGACAACCUGAUAGUGAGGUCUUUUGGGAGUGUUAGUAACCCAUUACAUUCUGAAUCUUCUGUUUCUUUGAAGUAUCAUUUGUGGCACUGAUAUUUUUUUCUUAAAUUACAUUAAAAAGUUUA